UCCAGCCUGAAAUGCUGCAACUUUUCCAACUUCAGGAAAAACUGCGCAGUUAGUUCAGUGCUUUGCAGUGCGCUGCAGGUAUCAUACAAUACGACUGGCCACCUCUUCCACUUUCUCUACCUUGCUUUGUUUUAUCAUGCACAACAACCAUGUUACACAUCUGGUUCUCUACCUUCUCUGCAUCGGAUUCACGGUCCAUUCUGAAUGGGAGACAGAUGAAGUGGUUCCCAGGCUGCUGUCCAAGCGAGACGUGCACCUGUCCACCGAUCACACCAACUUGCAGCACCGCUGGCGGCGUUCAUUGGAUGCACCAGGGAAAGGAUACUUUGACCCGGACAACAUAUUUAUUUUACUGCCUGCUUUUGGGGUGAACCUGUAUUUAAAUCUGACACGGGAAAGCACAUUUCUCUCAGGGGACUUCGUGGUGGAGGAGAGGCACAGCAACCAGACUGCAGUGGUCAGCCAUUUAUCCAUGAACCAGCUCUGCUUUUACUCAGGCUUCAUUGUCAAUCACACAGACUCUCUGGCAUCAAUAAGCACCUGUGGUGGUCUGGUAAAUUCAUCUUCAUUUUCUGGGCUUUCUAAUAGGUUUCAUAUAGCCUAAUUUGAAGCAACCAUCCUGAUGGAGUAGGCUCUGAGCAUGAUUUUUACCUCUGGUAUCAUCAGUCAAUCUUUCAAACUGCUACUAUUUGCAAGGUAAAAAAUGAAAUUUCAUGCUCAGUGUAUAGUGAGCUCUAAAUAACUGAUUUGUUAAAACCACCAAUGAAUAACAUGACUGUUCAACCCCUUAACUGGGUUUUUAAGAGGUCACAUCAACUCAAUAAUGGCAAAAUGUGUCAUCUUCAACAAGAAGUUGUACCAUCCUGCUAAGACACUCUAUGUUUAUAGGUCUGUUUACUUUUGUGGUUAAAAAGAUUAUUAAUUUCCCC